AACUUUGGAAACUUCCUGAAUGCAAGCAACAAGUGUGUUGCGUUCGUGUUUGGUAAUUUAAAAGCUGUUAAACGUAAUAUCGUCAAAUUUUUUUACGACAGAUUUUUUUAAUUAUGGCCUAUCAAGGUCCAGCUUAUGGUCUCAGUAGGGAUUGCAUGUUAAAAGCUCAAGCAAAAUUUGAUUUGAAUCAAGCUCUUAUUGGAUUACAAUGGAUUAAAGAUGUAACAAAUUUGAAUUUACAGCCAGUAAAUUCAGACAAUGGUGUGAGAGAUCAAUUUGAUUUUGCAAAUGUUUUAAAAGAUGGCAUAGCUUUAUGCACAUUAAUUAAUAAAUUAUCUCCUGGUGCAGUUUCCAAAAUCAACACAAUGAAAGCUCCAUUCAAAGAGAGAGAAAAUUUAGAAAUGUUUUUAAAGGGGUGUGAAACAUACGGCUUAAAAAGGCAUGACCUAUUUCAAGUCAACGACUUAUACGAAAAAAAGAACCUCUACACAGUUGUAAACUGCAUAUUUGCAUUAGGUGGGAUGGCAAAAAAGAAAGGAUAUGAUGGCCCAACAAUAGGCGUUAAAGUAGCUGAUGAAAACAGAAGAUCAUUUUCAAAUGAAGUUUUAGAAAAGGGUAAAACUUUUAUAGGUUUACAGUCUGGAUCAAAUUUAGGAGCGUCGCAGAGGGGAAUGACUCCAUAUGGGGCUCCAAGACAAAUACUGCCCGAUGGCCGGUGAACUCUAAAAGUAAACCAUCAUCUGUUGUAAAUUUUAUUUAAUUGCCAUUUGAGUGUACUGAAACAUGAUUUUUAUGUUCAACUUUCUGUUUUGCUGUGCAAAUUCAACUAUCUCAAUGUUUUCCCCAUAUUUUGUUUCACCUUAACUGGCAUUUAAAUGAGCAUUUCGUAAAAAAAAACAUUUGCAAAUGAAAUAUUUCCUGCCAUCUUCAUUCCAUAACUUUUGGAAUGACUUUUAAAAGAGCUUAUUUUGAAACAAUUCCUUACAAAUGCAUUUAUUGUAACUGUACUGAAACCAAAAUCUCAAAAUAUGACAUUCAUUUUAAAUUUUAUUAUUGAAAUAUUGUGCAGUUGACAUAUAUAUAAUGAAUUUUAUAAAAGUUGAUGCUUUUGAAUCUCUUUAGAAAUGUAUUUUAGAAUUGUCAAAGUUAACUUUUGUACAGUGUUGAAUGUUGCCAAAUAUUUUCUGUAAUACUCUUGUACAUUAUAGUACAUAGACUGCAGAAAAUGUAAUUUUGAAAAUAAAUCUUGUACAUUAUUUUUGUUUAU